GCCAUCCCUGGGCUCCGCCUCCCACCCCCGCAGCUGGGGCCAGCGGUGCCAAGUGCAGCUGGACGAACGGUGGCAGCUGGGCGAGUGACAGCCGCGGCUAGGCGCGCUAGGCAGCCAGAGCGGCGCAGGGACGCGCCCUGGCCCCGCAGCAGAAGCGGCCACCUUCCCCGCGCCUCCCGGCCGCAGCCGGUGCCCCACGCCCCCGGCCACCCAUCCCCAUCACGGGCUCCCUUGCCCCGCGCGCAAGAUGGCUGACCCGGCUGCGGGGCCGCCAGCCGAGGGCGAAGAGAGCACCGUGCGCUUUGCCCGCAAAGGCGCCCUUCGGCAGAAGAACGUGCACGAGGUGAAGAACCACAAAUUCACCGCCCGCUUCUUCAAGCAGCCUACCUUCUGCAGCCACUGUACCGACUUCAUCUGGGGCUUCGGGAAGCAAGGAUUCCAGUGCCAAGUCUGCUGUUUUGUUGUACACAAGCGUUGCCAUGAAUUUGUCACUUUCUCCUGCCCAGGCGCUGACAAGGGUCCAGCCUCUGAUGACCCCCGGAGCAAGCACAAGUUUAAGAUCCACACUUACUCCAGCCCCACGUUCUGCGACCACUGUGGGUCGCUGCUGUACGGACUCAUCCACCAGGGCAUGAAAUGUGACACCUGCAUGAUGAACGUCCACAAACGCUGCGUGAUGAAUGUCCCCAGCCUGUGCGGUACAGACCACACGGAGCGCCGAGGCCGGAUCUACAUCCAGGCACACAUCGAGAGGGACAUCCUCAUCGUGGUUGUAAGAGAUGCUAAAAACCUUGUACCUAUGGACCCCAACGGAUUAUCAGAUCCCUACGUGAAACUGAAACUCAUUCCUGACCCCAAAAGUGAGAGCAAACAGAAGACCAAAACAAUCAAGUGCUCCCUCAACCCCGAGUGGAACGAGACAUUCAGAUUCCAGCUGAAAGAAUCGGACAAAGACAGGAGGCUGUCUGUGGAGAUUUGGGAUUGGGAUCUGACCAGCCGGAAUGACUUCAUGGGAUCUCUGUCAUUUGGGAUUUCUGAACUGCAGAAAGCUGGUGUUGAUGGCUGGUUUAAGCUGCUGAGCCAGGAGGAGGGCGAGUAUUUUAAUGUGCCCGUGCCACCGGAAGGAGGUGAAGGCAAUGAGGAACUGCGGCAGAAAUUUGAGAGAGCCAAGAUCGGCCAGGGAACCAAGGCUCCGGAAGAAAAGACGACCAACACCAUAGCCAAAUUUGACAACAAUGGGAACAGGGACCGGAUGAAGCUGAGUGAUUUUAACUUCCUGAUGGUGCUUGGGAAAGGCAGCUUUGGCAAGGUCAUGCUCUCAGAGCGCAAAGGCACAGAUGAGCUCUAUGCCGUGAAGAUCCUGAAAAAAGAUGUUGUCAUCCAAGACGAUGAUGUGGAAUGUACCAUGGUGGAGAAGCGUGUGCUGGCCCUGCCUGGGAAGCCGCCGUUCCUGACCCAGCUGCACUCCUGCUUCCAGACUAUGGACCGCCUGUACUUUGUGAUGGAAUACGUGAAUGGUGGUGACCUCAUGUACCACAUCCAGCAGGUUGGCCGGUUUAAGGAGCCUCACGCUGUAUUUUAUGCUGCAGAAAUUGCCAUCGGUUUGUUCUUCUUACAGAGCAAGGGCAUCAUUUACCGUGACCUAAAACUUGACAACGUGAUGCUGGAUUCUGAGGGCCAUAUCAAGAUCGCUGAUUUUGGCAUGUGUAAGGAGAACAUCUGGGAUGGGGUGACCACCAAGACGUUCUGCGGCACUCCAGACUACAUCGCCCCUGAGAUAAUUGCUUAUCAGCCAUACGGGAAGUCAGUGGACUGGUGGGCAUUUGGAGUCCUGCUGUAUGAAAUGCUGGCUGGUCAGGCACCCUUUGAAGGGGAGGAUGAGGAUGAACUCUUCCAGUCCAUCAUGGAACACAAUGUGGCUUAUCCUAAGUCCAUGUCCAAGGAAGCAGUGGCCAUCUGCAAAGGGCUGAUGACCAAACACCCAGGCAAACGUCUGGGUUGUGGACCCGAAGGUGAACGUGACAUCAAAGAGCAUGCAUUCUUCAGGUACAUUGAUUGGGAGAAACUUGAACGCAAAGAGAUCCAGCCUCCGUAUAAGCCAAAAUCUUGUGGGCGAAAUGCUGAAAACUUCGACCGAUUUUUCACCCGUCAUCCACCAGUCCUAACACCUCCUGACCAGGAAGUCAUCAGGAAUAUUGACCAAUCAGAAUUCGAAGGAUUUUCCUUUGUUAACUCUGAAUUUUUAAAACCUGAAGUCAAGAGCUAAGUAGAUGUGUAGAUCUCCGUCCUUCAUUUCUGUCAUUCAAGCUCAACGGUUACUGUGGUGACAUUUUUUUUUUCGUUGCGAAAUUGCAUCCAUGUUUAUUUGCUGAUGAGACUAGAGUGACCAUGUUCCAGAACUUCCAGAACCCAAAUGUCCUCAGGUAGUUUGGAGCAUCUCUAUGAGAUGGAAUUAUGCAGAUGUCAUGCUGAAAAUGCUGCUGCAUAAUUAACACGUUAUCCAAGUCCUCUUACAAUUAGUUUCUCUGGCAUGUCAGCUAAGUAGAGCCAGCAGGGAUGGAAAAUGCCUGCUUUCUUUUCCUUUGUUUCUGCAUUGCCAUUUUUAUACAUUCUCCAACUCCAACCAUCCAAUCUAGAUUCUUCCCACCCAAUGAGUGGAUCAUCAGAUGCUAGCAGUGUUCUUCCACUUCUGGACCUGGAGCUUGGCUGCUCUCCAAGCAUAUGGUUGCUUUGACUUAGAGGGAAUUCCUCCAUUCUGCCUGGUUUGGAGGCACCAUAAGCUUUGAAAAGAAUGUGCUAAAAAUAAAAUUUUGUUUGUUAUCUUUUUAACUCAAAGUUCAAAAGAUUAUCUAAGCCCUUUUAAAAUUCCAAAACUAUGCUUUUAGAUAGUUUCAAAUUAAAGCACCUCAAAAGGUCAGAAGGCAACCAGCUUGGGUGCUGCCUCAAUGCUUUCAUUUCUGAUCCUGUAUGUCCCUGAUCACCUUCAUCCCCAAACUACUUGGGAAGGCAUUUGGCACCACUUCCUGAAAGGACAUGGUCACUCUAGCAAGGUCCCAAAGGACUAUAAUUUUACAUUACAUUUCAAACUUUAUUUGCUUUGGGGUUUUAUUUCUGUUGUUCAUAUGCAAAAGAAAAUAUUCACUUUGUUAACACAUGCUCUGAAAUAAAUGUCCAAAUGUUACUAAUCA